AUGCCGAGCAUCGUCGAUCGCGGCCCAGACGGCAUCGUCUACCGAGCAGGGAGGAACCUACCGCUCAUUGAUCUUGACCUUCUUACCCUUCUCUUUGACUCACCACACAGCCCGGCAGCCGAUGAUGACCCGGUACAUAUCGACGCUGCAGACCCUUCGAGGCUCAUCACGAAGGCUCAGCUGCGUACGCUCACCAAGCGCACCGCUCACAUGUUGGCCUCCAGGUAUGGUAUCGGCCGCCAAGGAUCCGGACGGGACGUGAUCCUCGGCAUCUCUUCAGGCAAUUAUCUCCUCCCCACGGUAUUCUACGGCACAAUCGCCGCGGGCGGCAUCUUCUCGGCCUCGAGCCCGGCGUCUACCCCGCGCGAACUCGCCGGCCAAAUCGAGCAGAUGACGCCGAAGCUCCUGAUUUGCAGCGCCGACCUGGGACCAGUCGCGCUCGAAGCGGCGCAGAUAGCGGGGUUCCCAAAGGAGUGCGUCUUGGCGUACAGCGGCGACGGCGCGAAGGGCGACUACGGCUUUGCCCUGAACGAAGCUGCGUCUGGAAAUGCCGUACCGAUCUCGCAGCAGCAGCUGGAUUGGGAGCGGAUCACCGACCGUGAAACCCUCGAGAAUAGUACUAUCUGUAUCCUCUUCUCCAGCGGGACCACGGGCAAGCCCAAGGGCGUGCGGCUCAGCCACCAGAACCUCGUUUCCGAGGCCCAUCUGACCCAGACGGUCAACAAGGAGUGGUUCGCCAAGAACAACCCCAGCUUCGAGUACCGCACCAUCGCGCACCUGCCGGUCGCGCACAUCGCGGGCAUCCAGGGCUACCUCGUGAACAGCCUCUUUAUGGGCGGACCCAUCUACUGGAUGCCGCGGUUCGACUUUCCCAAGUUUCUCGAGUACAACAAGAAGUACCGCAUCACCUUCUUCUUCACCGUGCCGCCGAUCUACCUAUUGAUCGCCAAGAGCCCCCUCGUCACGGACCAGUUCGACUCGCUGGACAGCGCGGUUACCGGCGCGGCGCCGAUGGGCAAGGAGCUGCAGGCUGCGGCGACGAAGAAGCUUGGCAAAGGCAAGGUAAUCCUGUGCCAGACGUGGGGACUGAGCGAGACGACUGGCAGUAUUACGCUGCUCCCUAAGGGCGAGUUCGACGGUACUGGCAGCGUGAGCGAGCUUGUGUCCAACCACGAGAUGAAGAUCGUCGAUGACAACGGCAAAGACGUCGAGCCGGGACAGGACGGAGAGUUCUGGGUCCGAGGCCCCGUAGUGACCAAAGGGUACUAUCAAAACGAAGAGGCGAACAAGAGCUCUUAUGUGGACGGAUGGUUCUGCACAGGUGACAUUGGUCACUUCAAAGACGGUCUGUUCUACAUUGUGGACAGGAAGAAGGAAUUGAUCAAGUACAAAGCCACCCAAGUUGCCCCGGCCGAACUGGAGGCGUUGCUUGUGUCGCACCCUUUGAUCCAGGACGCAGCAGUCAUUGGUGUUCAGGGUGAAGGCACGGAGGUGCCUCGAGCGUAUGUGGUUGCGGACCAGAAGAAAAUCUCUGCCGAGGACAUCGCCCGGUGGGUAGCCGAGCACGUCUCCAACAACAAGAAGCUGAGAGGAGGAGUGGUCUUCAUCGACGCCGUACCGAGGUCUCCUGCCGGAAAGAUCCUGCGCAAAGUCCUGAGGGACUCUGCAAAGAACGAGAGACCGUCCAAGCUCUAA